CUGUCAUGUCAAAACAUCUGGUUUUGACAUUCAUCAUUCAUAAGCAAAUUAAUUUGAAAAAUAAAAACAACAAAGCAAAAUUCAAAAAGUGGUAGUUCGUGCAAAUUAAUAAAGUAGCUAAUAAGUAGAAAAACUACCGAUUCUUGAAAAACUACGGAUUGAGCCGCGGAUAUACAUGCCAAGUCUGGUGUCAGUGUGUUGAUAUUACAACACGAGUUACAACAGUAGGCAUGAUAAAGGCAAUUUUAGUAUUCAACAAUCAUGGAAAACCAAGAUUAUCGAAAUUCUAUCAAUAUUUUCCCGAAGAUAUGCAGCAACAAAUAAUCAAGGAAACAUUUCAGUUGGUAUCAAAACGAGAUGAUAAUGUUUGCAAUUUUCUAGAAGGCGGAAGCUUAAUAGGUGGCAGCGACUACAAACUUAUCUACAGACACUAUGCUACUCUCUACUUCGUCUUUUGUGUGGACUCGUCCGAGAGUGAACUGGGAAUACUGGAUCUAAUACAAGUAUUUGUCGAAACGCUGGACAAAUGUUUCGAGAACGUAUGUGAAUUAGAUUUGAUUUUCCACGUUGACAAAGUCCAUUUUAUCUUGAACGAGUUGGUUAUGGGUGGUAUGGUGCUAGAAACGAAUAUGAAUGAGAUAUUGACUAGGAUAGAGGACCAAAACAAAUUGGAAAAGCAAGAGGCUGGAAUAUCUGCAGCUCCUGCCAGAGCGGUGUCCGCUGUCAAGAACAUGAACAUUCCCCAACAGAUAAAAGACAUCAAACUCCCCGAUCUGCCUCAGGCCAUAAAGGACCUCAAAUUCUGACCACAAUUAGGGAACCAGUUUCAGAACAUCGAUGUAUCAUCCUCAGAUCGUUAUUCACCAGAUGCUAGGUUCCUUCUAGAAGAUCCAUCCUCAUCACGGUAUAAUACAUAACAUGCGUCUUACACAAUUUAAAUUUGUUAUUUAAUUAGAGUUUAUGUCUAGUUCUAGGUAAGUAAAAUAAAUGUUUUUUUUUAAAGAA